AUAUACGCUUACACCGCUUCAGACCUGCUGUCUGGGUGUGUUUGUUACCUGGAGCCGCCAGGUGGCGCUGUGAGCGCCGCUCUACCGGAGGUUAAAGCCUUCUUCUUCUCGGUGUUGUGAGUGUGCCAGCAUGGCGGCGGUGCUGAAGGUUGUCUCCAGAGUCCGGUUCUCCUCCUGCAGGUUCUCCAGAACCUCCAGAACCUCCUUCAGCUCGGACUCCAGCGGGGCCUCCAGCAGCGACCCGCCCGCCUCGGACAGACCCAGAUCCGGCUUCGCUGCAGCCUUCGAGCUGCAGUCUGAGCUCCGGCGGUCCGCGGAGAGCUCCUCCUCUUCAGCCGGCAGCAGCAGCUCCUCCUCCGGCCAGGAGCACAGCUUCGCCUCGCUGCUCCGCCGGUCCCCGCUCAUCCAGAUGGGACCGGCUAAAGACAAGGUGGUGGUCGGGAGGAUCUUCCACGUUGUCGGGGACGACCUGUACGUAGACUUCGGUGGUAAGUUCCACUGCGUGGUCCGGCGGCCGGCGGCCGGAGAGCAGCAGCUGCAGCGGGGCAGCAGGGUCCGGAUCCGGCUGCAGGACCUGGAGCUCACCGCCCGGUUCCUGGGAGCCGACACCGACACCACGCUGUUGGAGGCACAGGCCGUAUUACUGGGCCCGCUGGAGGGAAGGGAGGCCCGGGAGAACCAGAAUCAGGACUGAGCGGGUCCGCCUGUCAGACCCUGCUGAAGUUAAAAACAGAGGUUUUCUAAAGGGAGUCUGGCAGGACUCACACUGGACUGGAGCAUCUCUGUCUGUGGACUGAUUCUGACUGUAGGAAUGUGAGGUUUUAGUUUGACUCAUGUUUACUGAUUAUUAAACAAUAAAUAUCCUUUAUAUUAACACGUU